AUGAUGACCCAGCAACUCACCCCUCGGACUAUGACAAUUACCACUACUACCACAACAACUACCACUACCACUGGCAUCGCACCAAUCAUACCAGCCAACAACUACGAUCUUCGCCUUACACACCAGAAAAUGGGGACGGAUCCAGACGUCGCCGAUGAAGAAGAAGAGGAGGAGAUGCUCCGACUGGAGUUUCUCCGGUUUGUUGAGGAUGAUGAUGCUGUACAGAUAUCCACACAAUUGAGUCUGGCUUAUUCUAUCCAGUCUUCCCCCGAUCGUUCCUUAUCUUCUCUGGUGACUGACGAUCACGCCGUUGGUACCCCAUUCGAGUUGCAGUCGGAUGAGAGAAGUGAGAGUGAGAGUGAGAAUGUGGGGGAGGAUGAUGGCGGAGGUGAAAGGUGUCUCGGCGAGAGGCCGGAGCGCAUUGUUCACUUCCAGAGGAGGAUUGACGACGAUGACGAACAAGUAGAAGCAUCGGCAUCAUCAUCUUCCAACAAUCCAUCCACUGCAGCUGCAACGCUAGUGCCAGUAAAAACGGACGAUGUGAAUGUGAUGGUGGCACAUGAUCACAACCCGAGGCAGGAGGAUGGGGAGGAGAGUCAAGAUAAGACCGACGGCAUUGCCCAGGAGGUGUCUCCAUUCCAUCCACUCGAUCGGCCUCCUUCCCCUCCUCCGCAACAGCAGCAGCAACAGCAGCAGUCAGACAGGAUCCGAUGGCGAUUGAGCACCAACUACCCACCCACCCGCCGCAGAGGCGAACGGAGAGCCGUUACUGCUUCUGGUAUCCUCGCCACUUCCGCCAGUGGCGCCACCAAUUCCAUCUUUGGAGACACUACCGAUUCAACCUCGCUCCGAUCCUCGAUGAUAGCACCAACAACUUUUGUGAUGGUUGAUAUAGACGGGAACCAGAUCCUGACAGACCCUUAUACCUCUUCCGUAACACCCCCACUCCCGAGCCCCCUCUCGGCUGCUAUCAUGGGAGGGGGAGGUGGAAGUUCAAGUGAGGGUGGGAAGGCUUUGCCGGCGCCUGUUCCGUUACGGUUCGCCAAUGCCAUCCCAAGAUACCAUUUCACUGGCAACAGCAACAGCAGCAGUAGUGGCAGCUCAAGCAACGGCGUCGUUAGUCAAACAGCAGACCCGCAUGUGGCGGCGCAUAUCGCAGAAGCACUACAGAUGUACGGGAUCCCGAGUCUGCACCAACCCACCACCGUCCACCCCUUCCAACGGUACUCCAUGAUCCCCUCGACACCAAGCCGGUCCACUUCUUUGGGAACCUCCACAACAGGCGGUGGUGGAUAUGAACCGCCUAGGGGGUCGACUUUUCCGAGGUUGAUGCAUCGAUCACCUUCUAGAGGCAGUAGGAACACAAGGAGUAGCAGUCCGUCGCGCGUUGCACGUGUCUGGGCGGCAUUGACCAGACGAGGCGUCUCUUCCACCACCAACACUACCAUGACCACGAAUACGACCAUUGGUAGUUCAAGGGCAACUACUAUGGUAGCGUCCUCAACGACCCAUUCUCGAUUGAGUCAACUGGCACAACCAUCGUCGUCACCGUCGGCGUCGUCGACUACGCUACAGUACGAACAGCUGCCAUUUGUGCAACAGCCUCGUCGACCUACAAUCGUGCUCCCGUCACCGUUGACAAGGGUAUCUGUCGUCUUGGGAUCAGGAUCGACUGCCGGUUCAUCUGUCGCUGCUGUUUCUUCCUCGGUCACUGGCGGCUGUGGUAACUUCGAUGGUGGUGGAAAUGAUGGCGACGGCAAUGAGGAUGGCGCUGAUGAUGGUGACGGGGAAGGCAAUCACGAUGGCGCUGGCGAGCAGCAACAACAACUUCAGACACGAUCGAUGCUGCAAAAUGCAAACCCCGAAGAUAAGGAUCAAGCUGCAGCAGGAGAGCCAUCGGCGUUCCAGGCGUUCCUCAAAGUCCUCAUGUGUGGAUGCUGA